CGCGCGGGGACGCGGCAUUGCAGUGUCGCCAUGUCCCCGCUCUGCCCCCUGCUGCUGGCCCUGGCCCUGGCGGCCGUCCCUGGCGGCCGAGCUGCCUGCCCGGCCCCCGCGGACCUCAAGAAGCCCGACGGGACGCGCACGUGCGCCAGGCUGUACGACAAGAGCGACCCCUACUACCAGAACUGCUGCGGGGGCGCCCAGCUGUCGCUGGAGCCGGGCGCCGACCUGCCCUUCCUGCCCUCUGACUGGACGAACGUCGCCUCCUCGCUGGUGGUGGCCCCGCGCUGCGAGAUCACCGUGUGGUCCCUCCGCGGCAAGGCCGGCAAGACGCGCAAGUUCUCGGCGGGCGCCUACCCGCGCCUCGAAGAGUUCCGCAAGGGUAUCUUUGGUCACUGGUCCAACACCAUCGCGUCGCUCUACUGCAGGUGUUACUGAUGCCUUAGGGAUACUUCUUCUCCAACCCCCACAGGGUGCAGAGCUCGUCAUCUGGCCUUGUCUCUGGGGUCUGCUGAAGUCCCCAAGUCCCAGGAGGAGAGAACUUUCUGCCUGUCCCUCGAAACCCGCCUUCCCUGCAAUAUAGCCCUUGUGACAUUA